AUGUCUCGUUGGCAGCUGUUCUUUCUCAAUCCAACAUCUUUGUGCGCUUAUCUGCGGGUAUUCGUCUUCUACCUUAUCCGACCCGAAUCAUGUACUUUUUCCCCCUUCACAUCCUCAGCGCGCUUCAUUUGGCCCCCAAAAUGUGCCUUGUCCAGAGCGACAUCAGAUGACAUUCGUUCCUUCCCCACCAGACCAGACAUUAAUGGACUGACGAAGGGCUACCCUUGCAAACCUUGCGAAACCUUGCGACGGCCAUCUCGCCUUCGCAAUGGUACGGAGCACUGA